AUGUCGUCGCCAGCUCUCAACUAUUCUUGGAGGAGGAGGCGCUCUUCCGUGACCUCAUACGCCUCUCGCGAAGAAGACUCAGCCGACUCGAACCUCCAAGAUCCACGGGGCGCGAACGGCGAUGCGAAACAGCUGUCCUCGUCUGUGGGCCGCGAGCCCAUAAGGUCGUUCAUCCACGGCAGUAUCAGGGGCCAUCUACCUCCCCUCGAUAGCGCAGAGUCAGCACGCUCCGUCCGCGAGGAAACCGCCGAGUUGGCCAACUACUUUCUCUCCGACAACAAGGACGCCCGGGCCACUCCCUUUAUUCGCCGGGCCAGAUCCGCUUCAUCCAGUACCUCGCAGCUCCCUCUCGAGCCCUCCGGUUCCGAGCACAGCCUAGGACCAUUAGCCGAGGUCAUCGCCGAAGUGUCGGAGCCACCGUCCCCCGAAGAGACGGAUGACCGGGCUGUUCCUGCGGAGGGGCCAUCGAUGCUUACCACCAUGCUCCGGAGGUCGCCGCCGGACCAAAGCUACUUUUACAAGUCAAAAGACGCCAAUGCUCACGAGGAUGUUUCCGCGACCGGCAAUGAUACAGUCGAAGACGAAGGGGAGACUUCGCUGAGUCGGAUAACCUCCGCCCCAUCUCGGCCUCUGGUAGCAGCGCACGAUUCCUUGGCCGAAAACGAGCCAAACCAGGACGAAUCAUCCCCUCUGAUACCUCCGACUUCAAGGGAAACAGGCCCAGAAAGCUACGGGACGUCUCGGGUGGGCGAGUCCGACAUUGAUUUGGAGGGUCAGAAAGCUCUGAACCAAGAAAGAUGGAUUGUGGGGGCGGCUACUUCUAUGCGGAACGCAGGUGGCCGGGUGGCCAGUAUCAUCCCCGUCAUCAGCAACCCGAAGCGGUGGGACCGUCACGCCCUCUGGCAGAACGCGGUCGUUGCUCCGGUGGCGUGUCUUCCGGCUGUUGUUGUUGGGCUGCUGCUCAAUAUCUUGGAUGCGUUGUCUUAUGGCAUGAUUUUGUUUCCGUUGGGGAGUCCAAUCUUUGCGAGCUUGGGGUCGGCGGGGAUAUCCAUGUUCUACGUUAGCUGUAUUGUCUCACAGCUGACCUUUUCGUCGGGAAGUAUCUUUAAGGGCGGAGUUGGCUCCGAGCUGAUCGAAGUCGUCCCGUUCUUCCAUAACAUGGCGGCCACCAUCACAGAUAUUGUCGGAGAAGACCAGCCGGAUGCAGUCAUUGCUACCACCAUUACGUCCUACGCGCUUAGCUCGAUGCUCACAGGCGCCGUCUUCUACCUGAUGGGCAAGUUCAAAUUCGGCUACCUGGUGGGUUUCAUCCCCCGCCACAUCCUGAUCGGCUGUAUCGGAGGUGUCGGCUGGUUUUUGGUCGCGACCGGAUUCGAAGUUACGGCGCGCAUGGAUGGGAGUCUGCAUUACAAUUUGGAUACAUUGAAACAUCUUGUUCGGGCCGACACUGUACCCCUUUGGAUCAUCCCACUUUCGUUAGCUGUUAUCCUCUUCUACGGCCAGUCCAGGAUCACGUCCAAAUACUUCCUCCCGCUCUAUAUCCUCGCCAUACCCGCCGCGUUUUACGCUUUGGCCGGUGCGUUGAACGUGUUGAAUCCCGAGAACUUGCGAGACGGCGGCUGGGUCUUCGAGGGCCCGCCUGCGGGAGAACCAUGGUGGUAUUUUUACACCUUGUACAAGUUGAACCUGGUUCAUUGGGGAGCCAUCGCGCAGUGCAUCCCGGCCAUGCUUGCCUUGACCUUUUUCGGCAUCCUCCACGUCCCUAUAAACGUUCCGGCACUUGCUCUGAACACAGGUGAGGACCACGCCAAUCUGGACCAUGAGCUCAAGUUACACGGAUACUCGAACUUCUUAUCCGGUAUGGCCGGCAGCAUUCAGAACUAUCUAGUCUAUUCCAACAGCCUGUUUUUUAUGCGCUCCGGGGGGAAUACUCGACUAGCUGGGAUCGAACUUGCGGUGUUUACAUUUUUGGUCAUGCUCAUCGGUCCUUCGCUCAUCGGAUACAUCCCCGUCAUGAUGGUUGGCGUGCUGAUUUUCGACCUUGGAUUUGAACUCCUAUUAGAGGCUGUGUGGCAGCCGAGGAGGAAGCUGAAACCGGUGGAAUAUUUUACUGUGAUAGCCAUCGUGCUUGUCAUGGGCACGUACGACUUUGUGGUCGGCAUUGGCGUGGGGAUCUUGCUAGCUUUCAUGUCCCUGACGUUCCAGACGUCGAGGGUCUCGGCCAUCCGAGCGAGUUACUUAGGCGAUGUCGUUGGGUCGACUGUGAGAAGGAAUCCGACUCAGCAGCAUUACCUCCGCCAAGUUGGUCGCCAGAUCAGCGUCCUGAAGCUUUCUGGGUACCUAUUUUUUGGCACCAUUGUUGGCGUCGAAGAUAGGAUCAGGGCACUCAUCUCGGAUGAAGAAUUCAACAGACGGCCGAUCAAGUUUCUGGUUCUCGACCUCUGGCUUGUCACGGGCGUGGACUAUUCAGCCGCCGAAGUCUUCAACACCAUCAGCAGGCUCUUGGAUGGCAAGGGUAUCGAGCUUGUGGUCAGCGGGGUCGACCCAGCACACGGCCUGGGUCGCAAUCUGCGGGCUGUCGGCCUAGGCGAGGACGGUAUCGAAGUGAAACUCUUGCCCGAACUCAACGCCGCGCUAGAGUAUUGCGAGAACGAACUUCUCAAGACCCUCUACGUCAACCAAGAAGACUCAGACAGCACACUGACCGUCUCCACGGCCAACCUCGACGUCCCCAACAGCCAACAACCGCCCUCGGCAACCUCCUCCAACCUUCUGCCCUCCUCAUCAUCCGCCAUGCUCGGCUCCUCCCCCCGGCGCAACCACCUCCGCGAAGCCGCCCGCAACUCACUCGGCCAAGUCCAAGCCAAGCGCCCCACGCGCUGGCAAAGCUUCAAAGAGCCCCUCCGUCUCAUCCUACAAAUCUUCCGCGACGUCAGCGACAAAAACGAAGAUUUUUGGUUCCGUGCCGUGCGCUACUUUCAACACGCGCAUUUCGCACCGGGCACCGUCCUCUUCCGGCGCGGCGAGCGCGCCGAAGGGUUCUAUCUCGUCGAGUCGGGCAUCCUGCGCGCCGAGUACGACUUGCCGCAGGGGUGGUUGUUCGAGAGUAUCGUGGCGGGCACGACGUGUGGGGAGUUGCCGUUCUUUUCGGAGACGAACCGGACGGCGACGUGUAUUGCGGAGAGGGAGUGUGUGGUGUGGUUGAUGGAUGGGGAGAGUUGGGCGAGGUUGCAGAAGGAGGAGCCGGAUGUGGCGCAGGAGUUGUUGCGGAUUUCGUUGAAGUUGACGAGUGAAAGGAUGUCGGUCAUUACGAGUUAUACGUUGACGAUGGCUGGGUGA